GCGGGGGCGCCAGUAGCCGCGGACCUCGCCAAGACAAUGCAAACUCCAGUGACCAUUCCUGUACCUGUGCUCCGGCUGCCCCGGGGCCCUGAUGGCUUCAGCCGUGGCUUUGCCCCUGAUGGACGCAGAGCCCCCCUGAGGCCAGAGGUUCCUGAAAUCCAGGAGUGUCCCAUAGCUCAAGAAUCCCUGGAAUUCCAGGAGCAGCGGGCCCGAGCCGCCCUUCGGGAGCGUUACCUCCGCAGCCUGCUGGCCAUGGUGGGUCGUCAGGUGAGCUUCACGUUGCACGAGGGUGUGCGUGUGGCCGCCCACUUCGGAGCCACCGACCUGGAUGUGGUCAACUUCUACGUGUCACAGCUGCAGACUCCCAUAGGUGUGCAAGCAGAGGCGCUGCUCCGAUGUAGUGACAUUAUUUCAUACACCUUCAAGCCAUAGAGACAUUGUGUUCACUUUUCUGCUUGAGGCUGAGCCACUGUAUCCCAGGCCUCCCAAUGUUCCCAAGCCAGGAACUCUGGGCCCCACGGAGUUAUGAGCUCCCUUGGAAUUUUCAGCCAAGCUUUAAGCAAGUCUGGACUCCUGAGACCUCCUGGGUCUAGUCAGUAAAAUUCUGCAACUCUAGGAAUUCUAAGAUCCCACUGGAAGGAAUGCUCUACUUCACAGAACUCUGAACCCUACAGAAAGAUGGGCCUGCUGCCAUUUCUUGAAGACCAGGGCAUCGGGGUGGGGUGAUAAAGGAGACAACCUGCACAGGGGGGCGUUAUUAAAGAGGCUGCAAAGUUCAGCCACCCUGAAGAUACUCCCCAGUGCUCCUCUCCUGCUAAAGAACCAGUUACCCCAGGAAAAAACAAAACAAAACAAAACAAAA